GAUCAAGCAGUAACAAGGACCACGACAGUGACAGAUUGACAUAAAUGGCUGCAGCACCCACGUCCAGAACAACACUCCAUAUAAAGCCUCCAGAUGGAUUUUCCACACGAGGAGAGGCUUCUUCUGUGGCCAAGCGGUGGAAGGAUUGGCUAGCAGCUUUUGAAAUCUACCUUGACGUGGCAAAUGUGGAAACAGACAGCAGAAAGAGAGCAUUACUCCUACACACAGCAGGAUUGGAAGUCCAAGAGAUUUGCCGUGGCAUGCCUUCAUCUAGUGCCAGUGCUACGUAUGCAGGUUUGGUCACGGCACUGAACAAAUAUUUUAUUCCAGUGGGGAAUUUUAGGCAUGAGCGCUUUCUCUUCAACAGCUGCGCACAAAAACAAGAUGAACCUAUUAGUGCAUACACAGCAAGAUUAAGAAAGUUGGCUGCCACAUGUGAGUUUGAGAAGAACAAGGGCAAGGAGGAUAUCAUUAUUGACCAGAUCAUUGCAAAGUGCAACUCAAAGCAUUUGAGAAGAGAGUUACUGCAGGAGCCAAAUCUCACCCUCGGCAGAGUUUUGGAGAUUGCUAAGGUGAUGGAGACAACAAAGAAAACUCGGAAGGUGAAGGAGGAACAGCCAUGCUUCCGGUGUGGCAGAGAAGGUCAUAAUCCUAAUGACAAAGAAAGAUGCCCAGCAGCAGAUAGACAUUGCCAUUAUUGUGGAAAAAGGGGUCAUUUUCAGCCAAUGUGUCGACUUCGCCUGGUUGAAGACGACGAGGUUGUUGAAGAAGAGAAUGCUUGUGUGACUGUGGAAAGGGAAGAAAUCGUAGCGGAUUGUGGCGUGCCUUCACUUCCGGAAAUUGGAACCAUCGUAUCGGCUUGCGUGACGCAUGUGAAUUCUCCAUCUCAGCUGUAUAUUUUCUUUCCUCAUGGCAUAAGCGAUCUUCGUGUGGCAGACGAUGUGCAUGAGGAAAAUCAAGAGAAUUUCGCUGCAUUGUUUGAAGCCAUGAGGGAACAUUACAAAAAUUUCCCUCGCACGGUUCGAACAACUUUACCCGCUUGUGGAGAGCUGCUUGUGCACUGUCGCGCGGCGUCAGGGGGGGCGGAGUGCCUGCGAGUGAGGGUGCUGGAGGUAAACGACCAGUGCGAAGUCCCGAAAGUGAAGUCUUCGGAGAGGUCACGUCGUGGAAGUGUGCCUUGA